AUGCGACAAAAGCCGAACCACACCAAGCCUGCACGCUUUAGUUCUGACGAUUCUCCAAAAGCAAAUACGCCGAAGCCGACACUCGCUCCCACAACGUCUGCUUCCAUUUUGCAGGAGCUCAAUUGCCAAGCUGAUCAGUAUCAGAGUCUUGGGGAUACGUCCCACGCCUUCCCAGGGUUGAGAUGCGUCCUCAGCCAUCUUCUCGAUCAUCUUGGGCCUGGCCAUGGAACAGAAUCAUGGCAAACAAUGUACUGUGCUUGGGUCAAAAGGCUUGGUGGACCGAAGAAGGUAGAGGAUCUGUUGCUCGGUUUCAUUGACGAGGAUAUCAAAGCCCUACAGGGUCAGUUGAUCACUGCUCAACGACUGCAAGAGGUGAAACAUGGGCAGCCUGUGAUAAUUGACCGGCACUAA